AUGGUCUUGGUGCCCGAGCGCAUCGCAUCCGCCCUGGAUCUAAAUGUUCCACCAGAGACCCAGGACGCAACAAUCGUGCACAUUCUUCUCUCCUGCUACACCGAACUUGUCCAUAUGCUGGCUGCAACUUUUGGUACCGGACUACAUGCUCCACAGCGACCCAGGGAACAUACUUCUGAGAUCACCUCGUCUCCUAGUACUUCUGAGAUCACGUCGUCUCCCAGUACUUCUGAGAUUACGUCGUCUUCCAGUACUUCUGAGAUCACGUCAUCUCCCAGUACUUCUGAGAUCACCUCGUCUCUCAGUACUUCUGAGAUCACGUCAUCUCCAAGUACUUCUGAGAUCAUCUCGUCUCCCAGUACUUCUGAGAUCACGUCGUCUCCCAGUACUUCUGAGAUCACCUCAUCUCCCAGUACUUCUGAGAUCACCUCGUCUCCCAGUACUUCUGAGAUCACCUCGUCUCCCAGUACUUCUGAGAUCACCUCGUCUCCCAGUACUUCUGAGAUCACCUCGUCUCCCAGUACUUCUGAGAUCACGUCGUCUCCCAGUACUUCUGAGAUCACGUCGUCUUCCAGUACUGCUGAACCAACGUCGUCUACCUCUACUGUUGAACCAACGUCGUCUACCUCUACUGUUGAACCAACGUCGUCUACCUCUACUGCUGAACCAACGUCGUCUACCUCUACUGUUGAACCAACGUCGUCUACCUCUACUGCUGAAUCAAUGUCGUCUACCUCUACUGUUGAACCAACGUCGUCUACCUCUACUGUUGAACCAACGUCGUCUACCUCUACUGUUGAACCAACGUCGUCUACCUCUACUGUUGAACCAACGUCGUCUACCUCUACUGUUGAACCAACGUCGUCUACCUCUACUGUUGAACCAACGUCGUCUCCCUCUACUGUUGAACCAACGUCGUCUACCUCUACUGUUGAACCAACGUCGUCUCCCUCUACUGUUGAACCAACGUUGUCUACCACUACUGCUGAACCAACAUCGUCUACCUCUAGUGUUGAACCAACGUCGUCUACCUCUACUGUUGAACCAACGUCGUCUCCCUCUACCGUUGAACCAACAUCGUCUACCUCUACUGUUGUACCAACAUCGUCUACCACUACCGAGACCACGUCGACGACUUCAAUAACCACCCUUAAGUCCACGUCGACAUCGUCUCCUACAACCACUUCACUUCCUUCGGACUGUAAUGAGGAAUAUCUUCAAGAACUGGCAAACAAUCCUUCCCUGAACCCCGCUAUAUCCGGAUGCGACGUCGUCAACUACGAGCGGUGCCAGCGUGACGCGGACGGCACGCCCCGCUGCCUCUGCAUGCCCGGCUACGAAAAGUCCAUCCAGGAAAUUGUAUCGACGUGUAAAGAGCUGAAGCAGCACGAGAGCAACAUGACCGUCGAGCACAAGAAGUGGGACGAGGCCUACUGCAACAGCUCCACGGUCGAGUACAAUAAUCUCCUCACUUCUGUGCAAUAUUUGUACGUGGCGGCGGCCAAAAAAGGCAACAUGCUGGACGAGUACCAGAACUUCACAGAGAUGGUGGUGUACCCUGAGGGUGACCCCGAGGCCUGCGACGCCCAGCUCCUGGCCCCCCGGCCCCCGCAUGCUGCCAGGAAGAGACGCCAGGCUGAGUCAGUGGGUGGGGCGCCCACUGCUCCAGCCAACUCCCAGCACUACUCUACCAGACUCAGGAGGAACACGCCUAAAAGAUGGCAAGCUGCUGAAGCUGUUCAGGCCACGGCGGUGACAACUGACAGGUUAGUGGUGACUGGCAAGGUCGUCUUCAGGAAGACAGACAACUAUAACGCCACUUCCAACGAGCAGUUGCAGGAGGCCAUUAUUGCCGUCAUUAACGACAACAACACAGACACUGACCUUGAAGUUGAUCCUGGGACCGUGAAAGUGGACAGUGUGGAGCCGAAGUUCUGUGACGUGGACGUGUUUUGCCCAAGCCCGAACGCCUUCUGCGUCAACACCAGCGACCCGGAGUUGAACGUGAUUCAAGGUCGAUGUCAGUGCUUCUCAUCCUAUCAAGACUUCUCUCCAAACAAUGAAACCAACCCGGGUGAAAUAUGUAUUAAGGUCUGCGACUCUGGCUUCUGCUCCAAAGGUGGAGAGUGUAAAAUGGACUACGAUUUCUACACUCGCUCCUGCAGCUGCCUCGACUGGUACUACAGUGGGGAGAAGUGCUCCACUGACCUGAGAAUCAUAAUCGGGUCAGUGGUGAGCGUGGUGGUGGUGGCCGGGGCGCUGCUGGCUACUCUCUUCUACACCAGAUGGUCCAGAAGAAGACGCCGCGAGGAUGCCCAGAGUUCCACCGACCCUCUUUCUUCCAGGGAGGGUCAGCACAACGAGGGCUACUCCACCCUCCCUAGGAAUGCUGAGGUGACGCAGGAAAGCGGCGACGACGGAGGCGAGAGAGCGACGAGUGACGUCCCCGUCGUCAUCCCCCGCAUCGUCCUGGGCCGCCCACCAGUACGGGAAUUGCUACGCGACCCAGACAUUUGGUUAACUGAAGCCGGAAGGAACCCGGGUCACCAAGACUGGUAUAUAAGCCAGAAUAUUCCUCGGCCUUAUCUCAGCUUGUAGCGAGAGCACCGUGCGGGGAGCGGGACCUUCACUCAUGGUG